CUUGUACCUUUAUGUGAUGGUACAACUUCAAGUUGUAAAGUUGUACCGUAACAUAGUGAUACAAAUUGCUUUAUGGUACAACCUAAACUUAUACAUUUAAUGUUAUGGUACAAUUUUGAGUUGUACAUUAAAGCAUCAAUACUAUAUAGCAUAGUAGAAGUGCUCUAUAUAAUAUGCAUUCGAAAUUCGAUUACCCAAAAAAGGAUGAGAACCUUAUGUAUAAUGGCACUGAUUUAGUCCUCCUCUGUUGUAUAUUGUUGAUGUGGGAUUUUUCUAUCGCAUUACAGUAAAUAAGUAUGGUAAAAAAAAAAAUAAUGAAAACUCCGUGGCAUAAUUUUUUUUUUCUUCUAAUUAUAUUUUCAUUUUGAUCCUGUCGUCCCCGCCACAGCCAGCUAACCUAACCAAACCAACGGCGGAUGAUGAUCCCCGUGAUCACUGGACGGCGGCGCACGGAGCCUCCGUGGUCGCUCCACUUUCCCUCCGCACAUCCGACGGUUCUGAUUCCAUCGACUUUAUGAUUUCCAACUCAUCCUUCUCAUCCAACGGCCCCAAAUAAGUUCGUUAAGUUUCCUAUUCUACGCCGCAAACUGCUGGGAUUAGCGUUCAUCAGGAAGAAGAAAAAAAAAAAUUGUCAGGAUAAUUAAUCAGGUCGUAUAUGUCAAGCAAGAAAUCUCGAUUCACACUGCAAUACUGAUUUAUCUUAAUUUAAUUAUAUAUAUUCCUUCGGUUAAUCGUGUUCUUAUUUCUUAAUCAUCGUUAGGGUAGAGUCAAAGAGUGUUUCUAUUAACUGUAACUCUCAUCUUAGUUAGGUUGUUUUAUUUGAGAAACCAUCGGAACUUGAGAGGCCGAUUUAUUGUAUUUUUCCUGUCUGGUAUUUGGAGAUUUUAUCUAGAUUUUUUUUCUCUACGUUUUAAUUUCCAAGUAAUUAUCGCCUAUUUGGAUUGAUAUUUGGAGAUAAGCAACCGUUUGAAACAUUUCAAGAUUCAAGUCAACUUGAUAAGCUCCUUUGGGGUUUAAAUCUAGAUCGUGGGGUGGCUUUACGGUCCGGUCCGGUUAAAUUAGACUAAAUUGAUUUGGUUCCAGUCCGGUCUUUUCGGGGAUAUAAGGAUACAGUUCGGUCUUGACCCGGUCCGGUCCCAAUUUGAUCUUUAUUUUAGGUGUUGGCGGUCUCUUAUCCGGUCUUUAUCCGGUUUUUUAUCUCAAAUCUAAGCCCGAAUAUGAGAUUAAAUUGUUUGCUAUCCGGUCGCAGUCCGGUCCCGAUCCGGGUUAUACGAUCCGGUUUCGGGUAAAACCAAACAGUCCGGGAUCAAAUAGCCAGCAGAUCGCUUGAGUUUGAUGUGUAAUUUUUUUUGGUUGGGUGCUAGAGGACCUAAAGCCUGAUAGUGCUUGGGCCAAAGACUGUUGAGCUAGGUAUGUGGAGGCCCAAAGGCUUACAUGAAAGACCAGGACUUUCCCAAAAAGUUAAUUCUCCCUCUCCAAUGGCAGAAGCACCAAUUUUAGUAAUCUUCAUCUAAUAAUAUAACUCCAUGAUGAUUCCUUUCUUUCUCAGAAGCUCAAAACUCUAGUCAUCUUCAACCUGAGUGACUCCAAAUAGUAGCAUUCAUACUACACAGAGUGUCUGUCGACAUACAGAUACUAUUUCUUGCCAUUUCCCCCUCUCAAAUCUCCUACUGUAAAACCCCCACAAAUUCCUUCCCAUAUAAGUAUUUCAACACCACCACCUCAGUUUUCACAGCAUUCCACUCAUUCCUUCACCUAACUACAUCAGACACCAAGAGUUUAAGAAAGACACUGCCAUGGAGAUCACCACAAGAAGCUUUGUGCUUUCACUUGCUGGUAUUGGAGCUAUGGUGAUGGCGAUGAUGAUAGGCUCGGCUGAAGCGACAAUGCCUGCUGUGUUUGUGCUGGGAGACUCCACAGUUGAUGUUGGAACCAACAAUUUCCUGACGGGAAGCGUUGACAGAGCUGAUUUCCCUCACAAUGGGAUCGACUUCCCCGGCUCGAAAGCUACUGGCAGGUUCAGCAAUGGCCACAACAUUGCUGAUUUUCUUGCUAAGCAGCUGGGAUUGGAAAUGAGUCCACCACCUUUCUUCGCGCUUGGGAAUGGCACAGCUCCGCUGAAGAACUCGAGCUUCAAAGGUGUUAACUUUGCCUCUGGAGGGUCUGGAAUUCUUGACACAACUGGACUUAGCCCGGAUGGAGUAAAGACUGUAGUCCCGUUGAGCGAGCAGGUUCAGCAACUGAGCACCAUCUCCUCGAGGCUCGCCAGCUUCAAAGGUGCUGAAACUGCGGCGGAGUACCUCGCGACUUCAGUGUUCAUCAUCAGCAUCGGCAGCAAUGACAUGUUCCACUACUACCAUGACAACAGCAGCAGCUCCUCAAAGGAACAGUUCAUCUCUCAACUGACGGCCACAUACCAGCAACAUUUGAAGACGAUGCUUGGGUUUGGAGUGAGGAAGAUUGGGAUCAUUGCCGCCGGACCAGUUGGCUGCUGCCCAGCUCAGAGGAGAUUCAACCAGACAUCAGGCUGCUUGGAGCCCUUGAACGACUUAGCUGUUUCCUUCAAUGCCAAGGUCAAAACCAUGAUGGUACAACUCAGCUCGGAAUUCGAUGGGAUGCAAUACUCCAUUGGGGAUACCUACUCGAUGACCAUGAAUUUGAUCAAGAGCCCUGCAUCAUAUGGAUUCAAGAUCAUCGACACAGCAUGCUGUGGACUUGGGAAGCUGAAUGCGGAUUUCUACUGCACUCCUGACGCCAACGUUUGCACGAACCGGAACGAGAUGCUGUUCUGGGACAUGUACCACCCUACCCAGGCUGCAUCAAAGCUCGCUGCUUCGAACCUCUACUAUGGCGGCCCACCCUUUGUGGCACCCAUCAACUUCAAGCAGUUGGCUGCCGCCUUCUAAAUUAUCCCCAUUGUUUCAUUGUUUUGCUUCCCGAACAAGAAAAUCCAAUAAGCAUCUAAGAUCGAUAUUCUUCACAUUCUAUUUUACAAUAUUUGGAAAGAAAAAAAUAAACUUACUGAUUUUACGAAGUACUUGAGCAAUGCAUUUCUGAUUUUUCCUCCUCUUCGGUUCCCGUAACGUUGGAGUGAUCAUUCAGUUGAAAUCAUAUAAAAGAAAUGAACCACAGUCCACAAACCAUCCAUUACGGUUUGAUGCAAAACAUUGUGGGGUUUGAAGCUGCGAAACCAUAAGGGAAACGGGCUCGAAAAAUAGAAGGAAUCGUGGUGG